AUGAAGUCUCAAUUGGUUCUUGCAUCGGUCGCCGGCCUCGUCAGUCCGGCCACUACCACCAAUGUUGACCUUUCCCUUCCCCCCAUGGGCUUCAACAACUGGGCUCGCUUCACAACACACAUCAAUCAGUCCAUUUUCACCGAUGCUGCCACUGCCAUGGCUUCCAAUGGCAUGCUCAAGGCCGGCUACAACCGCUUGAACCUCGACGAUGCCUGGUCCACCCAUGAUCGGGCCGCCAACGGUUCCAUGGUUGCCGAUACCACCAAGUUUCCCAAAGGCCUUACCUGGCUUGCCAGCUUCAUAAAGGAGAAAGGCUUUAUUCCUGGCAUCUACACCGACUCUGGUACCUUGUCCUGCGGUCGGUACCCCGCCGCCUACAAUCACGAGGCGAUUGAUCUCAAGGACUUUUCCGACUGGGGCUACGAGUACCUCAAGCUCGACGGAUGCAAUGUGCCCGGCAACAGCGAGGCCGCUUACCGUCAUCUCUAUUUUGACGUUUGGCGCAAUCUUUUGCUCAAGUUCCCCAAGCCGGUCGUCUUCUCCAACUCGGCCCCUGCCUACUUUUCUGGUGCGGACAACCUGACCGACUGGUAUAGCAUCAUGGGCUGGUCGCAAAAGAUGGGGCAGCUCGCCCGUCACUCGGACGACAUCAUCAACUAUGACAGCAAGGGCAGCGCGUGGGACAGUCUGAUGACCAACUACCAUCAGCACAUUCGCCUGGCCCGCUACCAGCGCCCCAACUUCUUUAAUGACCCCGACUUUCUCAAUACCGACCACCCCAACUACACCUACGAGGAGAAGAAGACGCACAUGGCUCUGUGGUCUUCAUUCUCUGCCCCUCUUAUCGUCAGUGCUGAUAUCCCCAACCUCAAGAAGGAGGAACUAGAGAUUCUUCUCAACAAGGACCUCAUUGCCAUCGACCAGGACUCGCUUGUGCAACAGGCGACUCUUGUCAGCUCCUCCCCAGACGUGGAUGUUCUCAGCAAGAACCUGGCCAACGGUGACCGUAUCCUCACCAUCCUGAACAAGGCCAACAAGGCCAGUGAUUACACUGUCUCUUGGGCCAGAAUCGGUAUACAGAUUGACCGCAUCAGCCCUGACACUGCGCUCAGCGUCAAGGAUCUCUGGACUGGCAAGACAGACAAGGUCAAGAUCAGCGCUGGUGGCAUCACCGCCAAGAAUGUCGGCCCUCACGGUACCUUUGUCUACCGCAUCUCUGGUGGCAUGGGAGGCUCCAGCCAUCCCAUUGUCUUGCCCACAGGAUUGAUCUUCAACACGUUUUCUCUCAAGUGCCUGAGCGAUGAUACGUCGGGCAGGGUAACUUGGAAAGCAUGUGAUGGAUCUGAUGGGCAGACUUGGACUGUCAGCGCUGAAGGUCACAUAAAUAGCUUGCUGCGCACGAAUGAAUGCCUCACUGAAGUAAAGGGCAAGCUACUGAGCCGUCAUUCAGGCUGUCGCACCGACGCCUGGAAGUACUACAACAGUGGCAACUUGAUCAAUGGCAACUCGAACCGCUGUCUGACCGAGGAGGCUGAUGGCUCUGCCACCAUUACUGACUGCGGUUACGUGACCAAUAGACAGGUUGUCGGCCUUCCCAUCGGUGCCAAGGUAAUCGAAGUUGAUUACUAUGACAAUAAUUAG